GCAGCCGCACACCGUCCCCGCGCUGCCCCGGCCCCGCCGCCCGCUCCCAUCUCGGCUCGGCCGCCACCGCUUCCCCUGUCCCGAGCAAACCGGGCCAGGAGCCACUACCCGGUCUGUCCGCCACCACCCGCUUCACGCCUUUCCCCGUCCGCGCCGACUCCUAGAGGGAAUUCUGCAACCCUCUGGAGGCGUCGGGAACAGCUGCCGGAGCUCCCUCAAGCCCGCAAAAAGUUUCUUCUCCCUUGAGAAAAGGCGGUUUACAAAGUUCAGYCCCGCGAGAAGGAGCUGCGAUCCGCACCGUCGCCUUCCCUCUCCCCGCGCCGGAGCGCAGAGCCCCGCGGCAGAACUGUGUGAUUUGGGUUUCCUUCGCCYCCACCUCCCCUUCCACCUGAAGGAAUUUAUGACACAGAUGAAAACUGAAACGGAGUUGGAGCGGCGGCCGAGAGACGCAGUGAUGUCGCCGGGGGAUUAAACGGGGUGGAGGUGAUGUCACCGUGCCUGCACAGCAAAACGCACACAUACACGCACACCCCCCACCCCCUGGAGGAGCGGGGCUGCCAAGGGAGCGCGAUCGGCCCCACGUCACUCGUGCCACUGGUAUAAAUGCGGUCCCGCGAUGUCCAUGGCUGUCGGCGCGGCGGCUCCCGCGACUUGACUGCAGCAGGGCACCGGGAGGCAGCGUCGCUGAGCGCCUUCGGCUGCCGGGACCCGCGGGGCGGCGGCGGGCGGCGGCGGACGAGGAGGAGAAGGAGGAGGAAGAGGAUGCUGCGCGCCUUGGUGGCGGUGUCCCUGUGGCUGCGGGUGAGCCCGCGGGCGCAGGGCGCGCCGUGCGAGGCGGUGCGCAUCCCCAUGUGCCGCUCCAUGCCCUGGAACAUCACCCGCAUGCCCAACCACCUCCACCACAGCACCCAGGAAAACGCCGUCCUCGCUAUCGAGCAGUACGAGGAGCUGGUGGCCACCGGCUGCAGCCCGGUCCUGCCCUUCUUCCUCUGCGCCAUGUACGCCCCCAUCUGCACCCUGGAGUUCCUCUACGACCCCAUCAAGCCGUGCCGCUCCGUCUGCCAGCGCGCCCGCGACGGCUGCGAGCCCAUCAUGCGCCGCUACAACCACAGCUGGCCCGAGAGCCUGGCUUGCGACGACCUCCCCGUCUACGACCGCGGCGUCUGCAUCUCCCCAGAGGCCAUCGUCACCGACGUGCCGGAGGAUGUGAAGUGGACGGACUUCACACAGGGCUUUAUGGCGCCGGACAGACCCCUGGAGCCUGACUGCAGGAGCCGCGGCCAGGAGCGGUGCAGGUGCAGAAAGACAAAGCCCACGCUGUCAAACUACUUGGCCAAGAACUACAGCUACAUUAUUCAUGCUAAAGUGAAAAGCGUAGAAAGAGGGAACUGCAAUGAGAUAACGACUGUGGUUGAUGUCAAAGACAUACUCAAGUCUUCAACACCAAUUCCUCUGUCCCAAGUGCCUCUUCUUACAAAUUCCUCCUGCCAGUGCCCGCCUCUUCAACCGAAGCAGGAUGUUCUCAUCAUGUGUUAUGAGUGGCGCUCAAGGUUGAUGCUUCUUGAUGGAUGUCUGGUUGAAAAAUGGAAGGACCAGCUAAACAGAAGAUUUAAGAGGUGGGAACAGAGACUGCAAGAACAAAAGCGGCGAACUGCCCGCAGUAAGAACCAGAAUUCAGGACGCAGUGGUCAGAGUGGAGCCSUGAAACUGCCAAGCAAGAACACCAACCCGCUGAUCAGUGGCCCCAAAAAGGCUGUUAAAACAAGAAACAGCCAGAGAGAAAUCAGCCCUAAGAAAGUAUGAGUGUGAAAUUCCCAGAAGGAAGGACUUUCCCUGCAUGACAAGGGUCACAACCUGGCUUGGUCAGCAUGUUUUAUUCAUCUGGAACUCAUCRACUUAAAAAAAUCAUGUCAAUUUAUACAUAGACCUUUUUGCUGCACUUUACUGUUAAAAGGUUGGCUUAUCCUUUCAAGUCACUGCAAGCCAUAGAGCAUAGGUUUGCACUAAUACGAGGUAGGCAUAUUCCAGCUGACUGAGCUUUUCUUUGGGCUCUGGUUUUCCACCUAGAUAGAGCUUGGCUGCCAAAGGUUUUGACUCCUUGCACCAGUUGYCUGCUCUGCUUCCCUGCC